AGGCAUCUCAGAGGAGCCGGAGAGGAGGCGUGCGGGUGGGGACUGCGGCGCACUCGAGUCAGCGCACGGGGACCGCGGCUGUCACUGCGCUCCGAGCAUCCCGGGGGCUUCCCGAGUGGACGAGCCCGGCCCUGCGGGAGUUGCGGGCACAGCCCCAGCCCCCCGUCCUCUCGCAGCGCUGGUGGAGCCUCACGCCCCGGGCGAGCGUUAGUGAUUUAGCACAAAGCACGUUUCCAAAAAGCCGCGCUCUCGCGCACGCACCCUCUCCCCCCUUUGUUUCGGGGGUCGACCGGCCGCUCUCCUCCCCAAGUCUGAAUUCUUCAGAAGGGGCGGAGGGCCGCCGAGUCUCGGCUGGGAAGAUGCCCUUGGAACUGACUCAGAGCCGGGUGCAGAAGAUCUGGAUCCCGGUCGACCACCGCCCCUCGCUGCCUAGAUCCUGUGGGCCGAAGCUCGCCAACUCGCCCACGGUGAUCGUCAUGGUGGGCCUCCCUGCCCGCGGCAAGACCUACAUCUCCAAGAAGCUGACCCGCUACCUCAACUGGAUCGGCGUCCCCACGAAAGUGUUCAACGUCGGGGAAUAUCGGCGGGAGGCCGUCAAGCAGUACAGCUCCUACAAUUUCUUCCGGCCAGACAACGAGGAGGCCAUGAGAGUCCGCAAGCAGUGUGCGCUGGCUGCCCUGAGAGACGUGAAAAGUUACCUCACGAAGGAAGGGGGCCAAAUUGCGGUUUUUGAUGCCACCAACACUACUAGAGAGAGGAGACACAUGAUCCUUCAUUUUGCCAAAGAAAAUGAUUUCAAGGUGUUUUUCAUUGAGUCUGUGUGCGAUGACCCUACAGUCGUGGCCUCAAACAUCAUGGAAGUGAAGCUCUCCAGCCCGGAUUACAAAGACUGCAACUCAGCAGAAGCUAUGGACGAUUUCAUGAAGAGAAUUAAUUGCUACGAAGCCAGCUACCAGCCCCUCGACCCUGAUAAAUGUGACAGGGACCUGUCCCUGAUCAAGGUGAUCGACGUGGGCCGGCGGUUCCUGGUGAACAGGGUGCAGGACCACAUCCAGAGCCGCAUCGUGUACUACCUGAUGAACAUCCACGUGCAGCCGCGCACCAUCUACCUGUGCCGGCACGGCGAGAGCGAGCACAACCUCCAGGGCAAGAUCGGAGGGGACUCGGGCCUGUCCAGCAGGGGCAGGAAGUUUGCCAGCGCCCUGAGCAAGUUCGUGGAGGAGCAGAACCUGAAGGACCUCAAGGUGUGGACCAGCCAGCUGAAGAGCACCAUCCAGACGGCCGAGGCCCUGCAGCUGCCCUACGAGCAGUGGAAGGCGCUCAACGAGAUCGACGCGGGCGUCUGUGAGGAGAUGACCUACGAGGAGAUCAGGGACACGUACCCCGAGGAGUACGCGCUGCGGGAGCAGGACAAGUACUACUACCGCUAUCCCACCGGGGAGUCCUACCAGGACCUGGUCCAGCGCUUGGAGCCGGUGAUCAUGGAGCUGGAGCGGCAGGAGAACGUGCUGGUUAUCUGCCACCAGGCUGUGCUGCGCUGCCUCCUGGCCUACUUCCUGGACAAGAGCGCAGAGGAGAUGCCAUACCUGAAGUGCCCCCUUCACGCCGUCCUGAAGCUGACGCCCGUCGCAUAUGGUUGCCGCGUAGAAUCCAUCUACCUGAAUGUGGAGUCGGUGAGCACACACCGGGAGAGGUCAGAGGAUGCAAAGAAGGGACCUAACCCGCUCAUGCGACGCAAUAGUGUCACCCCACUAGCCAGCCCCGAGCCCACCAAAAAGCCUCGCAUCAACAGCUUUGAGGAGCAUGUGGCUUCUACCUCCGCUGCCCUGCCCAACUGCCUACCCCCGGAGGCGCCCACGCAGCUGCCCGGACAAAACGUGAAAGUCUCCCCCAGCAGCGCGGACGCCUCCAGGACGCACUGACGCAGCCCCGCUGUGCCUUCCAUUCCUGCAGCUUUGCUCGAGCCCUUGCGCCUGCCCGAGGCCAGCGAUCCCGAAGACUUCGAUCCCGAAGACUUCUCCCCGAGCGGCGCGGGGCUGCGGGCGGCGCGGAGGAGGCGCUGUUGCGCCCGCACCCACCGGGCAGCAUCGGGCACCCCCCCCCCCGCCCCCGCUGUGCUCCCCGCGCUUCCGGCUGUGUCCCCGCCCCUCGGAGGGACGAUGCGCGGCGGAGGCGGCUUGUGGGCGCUUCGGUGCUGGGUGCUGGCUUGUUCAUCUCGUUUCUGUUCGUUCCCCGCUGGGGAGAUGGUAGUGGCCCCCCAAGUCCUAACCUUCCAGGGGGCCUAGAUCCCAGCUGCAGAAGGUUAAGGGACGAUGAAAGCUUUCAAGAGGCUUUUGGUGCAUCUCAGCCUGGAGGUUGCCCGGGUUCCGGAAGAAGCUGGUCCCCGAGUUGGAGAGAGGAGCUGGGAGCUGGACCUACGGUCAGUCAAGCAGCCGGUGUCACCCACCUUUCCAGGUCCGUGUCCUGAUGCGGAAGAUGUGGGACAUUCUGGCUGUGGAGGCGGGAGGAAAUGCUUUGCGGAAAUGGCACAGGCCCUCCCUUCCAGGGGAGGCCCCCGCCUGGAUCUUGGUCUCCUGGCACACGGCUCCGCCCUGCACUUUCUUAGGGCAGAGCCCGCCACCGCAGAGUCACACCUGCUUCCGGAACUUAGAUGUUUGGGUCUGUGCCCUUGGGGCUGGUGCCCUGGAAGGAUGUGGGAGUCGUUCGGGACCUCAGAGAGACCCCCUCCUAAACGCCCAGGGAACACGUGUUAGAGUCAUUGCAAGGCUGACCGGGGCGGUGGCGUGGGGGCUCGAGGCUCUGGUCUCCUGCUUCAGGACGUCUCUGCAUCACCUCCCAGUGCUUCCCAGGAGGGGACAGUGGCUGGAGCCAGGCCUUGCUGAUGGCCACUUCCUCCAAGAGGCUGUCCUCUGGUCUCUCCAUCUGCGACGGGCACCUGCUGUAUGUCCUGCGGGGGGCUGGGCUCCUUGGAGGACUCUGGAGAAGAGAAUGUGCUUGCUUGCCUUUGUGGCCCCUGUGGCGUUUGGGGAAGAGGGGUUCAAGCAGAGCUUGUGGACUUGUGGUUCUAAACACCUGUAGUUUCUUCCUGCUGGUUUUCCCCUGUUGGCCCAGGAGAAACGAUUUGGACUCAGCAGCAGACGUUGUCCAAGUGACCCUUUUUCAGGAUCUCUAAAAGCCGGUGCCAAAGGUCACCUCUCCUUCCUGCCUUCUCCUUUGGGGCCCCACGUCCCUCUGCCUCUUAGCUUGUGAACAGUCCCUGGGGGUGGAGGGGGACGUUUAGACAGCUGGAGCUGGGGGCGGAGAGCUGUUUUUGUUUUUGUUUUGUUUGAAAGGAGCUUUUAGGAAGUGCACGUGUCUGUGUUUGGGAUUCAGGGGGAAACACGGGUGCGAGGCAUAUGUCCUGUAACCAGGCUUCUGGGUUUCCCACCAAACCGCUCAAAUCCCCGCUUCUCUUCAUCCCUUCAUUGGCCACCUGCCCAGGUGACACCUGUCUGUCCAUCCCUGCGCAAGACUCGGGUCACUCUCCCCUUUUCCCGCUGUCUGGUUAGGCACUGCGUGUGUGUGUGUGUGUGUGUGUGUGUGUGCGUGUUCGUGUGUCUGUGUGUGUGUGUUGGAUGUAUUUUCAGACGGAGGGGCCCGCAGCUCUUGAGGAGAGCUCUUGUCAUAUUCUUGUCAUUUGUCCCACUUUCUGGCUCCUCCUCUGGCCAUUGGCACCGACUCUGAACUUUGGCUCUUGAGGCUGAUCCAAGUGGGGGCCGAAUGAAGGUGGGUUCGCCCUCGCCUCUGACGGCCCGCAUCCAUGCCCACACGGAGGAGGCCCGGCCUGACCCUGGUUUGGUUGGCAGGGACCUCGAUGGGGAGGGGAGACGCGGAGAGAGCGGAAGGCUGCGGACUGGAGCCAGGACGGGGCUUGGGAGGAGGGCGGUGUAGACCGGCGGGGGGUGUCCGAGCCACGGUCGUGGGGCUUCCGCUGUGCUGGCCAUUGACUCUCACUCCCCUGACCCUCGUCAAAUGCUGGGACUGACAUUGCUACCUUUGCCUGUUUGUUUUGGGUGGGCUCGCCGCCUUCCUUCCUCUGUCCUGAGACUGCGCGCCAAGAUCUUCCUUUUGGGGGAAAAGAAAGACUGGACCACGCCAAGGACGUUUUCAUUUCUAAUACUUGAAGUUUAUUUUUUUAUUAUUUUGAUAGCAGAUAUGCUAUUUAUUUAUUUAAUAUGUAUAAGGGAUCCUGAAAACGGAAAGCUGUAUAGAUGGGGUUUCGUUGUGGGUUGGCUGGGGGACCUUUUACGUGUGACUUCCGACUCUGUGUGUUCUGUAUAAAUUUGUCUGAAUUAAUUACCUGGGAUGAAGCUGUGCCAGCUUUCAAACAGGGGAUGCCUAUUGGAAAUUUGUAUAUUUUGCAGUUGCCAGAACAAUAAAAUUCCUGGUUGAAAUACA